CAAUUCUUCGCGUAGUCAGAUAGAGAAGACCCCUUAAAGUCAAUUUUUUUGGUCCGUCUCGCAAAAUAAGAGUUUUGAUUAAUACAUUAAGCAUUAGUAGUAAUUGAAUAGUCAUCGAGGAAAGUGAAAACAUAUACAUAAACUGGAAAAUAUUGUGUCACCUCGAAAUAUUUGAUAAUUUAUUAAAAAUUCUUUAGCUUUUGCAAGUGACGUCAUAAUCAUCAGCUUUUAAAAAAAUAUUUAGAUACUUGUACAAUAAGCAGCAGAUCAGUGAAAUUUUUUAAGAAGAAAAAAAUAAAGACGAAAAUUAAAAUUAACCAACACGAGGAGACGUGAAAAAAAAGAAUCAAUUGAAAGCUGACCAAUGCUGGUUUAAGUGCCUUGUUAAAUCAAAAAAGAGAGAAAGAAGAAAAUCAAAAUAAACAUCAACAACUUUGAAGGGAUCAUUAAAAGAAAUGCUUACCAAUCAGAAGAAGUCUAAAGGGGUGGUAAAUUGGUUUUCAUCACUACGACGACAACCAAAGAAACAAAACUCCUUAGAUAGCAGCAAAUUACUACAAAAGAGUUGCAUCGACCUCUCUGGCGGUGCCGGUGAAACGUCUUCCGAGCAUGACUUAUACUUCAAUGCAACAACAAAGCCUUCCAAAGUAAAAUUAAACAGCAAUGAUAAAACCUCAAUCACCAGCAACUUUUGUACAAAUUGUUGUAAAUUCUCAUCGAAUACUACAUCACCAACAUUUGGUGCCCAACAUUCACCAGUUGCCGAUGAUGACCUCGAACAGAUCGAUCAAUUGCGAAAAGUACUGAUAGUUAGCGAAGAGAAUUUUAGUUCAGCUCGUAAUCGCGAUGGUGAUAAAACAGAAAAAUCAAAAUUCGCUUCAAAUCUUUUGUUGUAUAAUAAGAAAGAAGAAAUUGGCUGCACGACGCGAACAUUAACCACAAAAAUAUCAGCUAAGAAAUCCUAUAACAAGAGUGAGAUAGAAUCAUUAAUGACAAACGCCAUAAAUACCCACCAGCAACUUAUCAACCAUCGACAAUUAUUAAGCGCAAAGAAUCGUGAUGGAAUGAUUUUUGAUGACAAUGGUCGAUUGAUGACCAGUGAUAAUGAUGAAACUGUUCCACUUCCAUUUGUAUCAUCAAUUUUAGAUGUCAGUUCGAUUGAAUUUAUUGACAGUUCCGCACAAAAUAGUGAUAUAUACAAUAGGGCAAACAUGGAGCAUAGUUGUAGCUGUAACAUAAGCAAAUUUAUGCCGGGAAACUACAACACAUUGCCGAAUAAAAGUUCUUCUGAAUGGUAUCGUCAGCAAAGCAAGGAUGAAGUUUGUGAAGUCGUACAAGAAAUGGAUUCAAAUGAUUCCAAUACAAAACAUUCCACUAAAGAGAAACAAAUGUCGAUAGGAAGGAAAAAGUUUAACAUGGAUCCGAAGAAAGGUAUUGAAUAUCUUUAUGAGAAUCAUCUGCUUCGAAUUGAUGCACAGGAUGUUGCCCACUUUCUUUACAAAGGUGAAGGACUCAAUAAAACUGCUAUUGGCGACUUCUUGGGUGAAAAGAAUUCUUUCAAUGAACAAGUUUUGAAAGCAUUCGUUGAACUUCAUGACUUUACAAAUCUUAUUCUUGUUCAAGCUUUACGACAAUUUCUUUGGAGCUUUCGUUUGCCUGGUGAAGCUCAAAAAAUUGAUCGAAUGAUGGAAUGUUUUGCACAACGUUAUUGCCAGUUAAAUCCUGACAUUUUUACAAAUACGGAUACUUGUUAUGUUUUAAGUUUUGCGAUUAUCAUGUUGAAUACGUCAUUGCAUAAUCCAUCAGUUAAAGAUAAACCAACUGUUGAACAGUUUAUUUCCAUGAAUCGCGGGAUAAACAAUGGAGGCGAUUUGUCGCGUGAACUUUUGGAGUCACUCUACGAAUCAAUUCGUACGGAACCGUUUAAAAUUCCACAAGAUGAUGGAAAUGAUCUUAUGCAUACAUUCUUUAAUCCUGACAAAGAAGGUUGGCUGUGGAAGCAAGGUGGACGUUACAAAAGUUGGAAGCGACGAUGGUUCAUUCUAAAUGACAAUUGCUUGUAUUAUUUUGAGUAUACCACCGAUAAGGAGCCGCGUGGCAUAAUUCCGUUGGAAAAUAUUCUAGUCCGUGAAUGCAAAGUAGCAGAUAAGAGUAAGCCUCAUUGCUUUGAGCUUUAUGCUGGUGGCUACGGAGAUAUAAUAAAAGCUUGCAAAACUGAUUCGGAAGGGAAAGUUGUCGAAGGUAAACAUACCGUUUACCGGAUGUCGGCGGCUACCGAAGAAGAGAAAAAUGAGUGGAUUAAAUGUCUCACUCAUUCUAUUGCUCACAAUCCAUUUUAUGAGAUUUUAGUGCAGCGUAAGAAAAAUGCCGUGGUUACAAGUUAAUACAUAAAUAUUUUACAUUCUAAUGAAUAGAAUAAUUUAUAAUAAUUUUAAUGAACAUUUUAAUCUUCUGAUCAUUUUUAAAGAAAGAGAAAAAAACUACAUAAUCGCAUUUUAGCUCUUAAGAUUUUUUUUGUUCCCAGUUUAACGUUGGUUGUUGGAAUGUUAUGGAAGUGCAAUAAAGAAAAAGCUGAGAAAUGAUAAACAAA